CUUUCUUUCUCUUUUUCUCUCUUUCUUUCUCUUUUUCUCUCUCCUUGAUGAUGACUGUGUUCCAUGGUAUAUCUAAUGCCAUGGAAAUUCUUUUGUACCCUUCUCCUGACUGAUACCUUUUAACAAUGAGAUCCCUCUGAUGCUUUAGAAGCUCUCUGCGGACCAUGGCUUUUGCUGUAGGAUGCGACUAACAAAAUGUCAGGAAAGACCUACUAGAACAGCUGAACUUUAUUUGGGGUUAAUCAGAGGCACUUUAAAUGAGUCUUUGCUUGGGACUGCAAGCCCGGGAGGCUCUGCUGCAUCAGAUGACCAUGAGUUUGAUCCUUCAGCAGAUAUGCUUGUUCAUGAAUUUGAUGAUGAGCGGACUUUGGAAGAAGAAGAGAUGAUGGAGGGAGACGUCAAUUUCAGUUCUGAAAUUGAGCACCUUGAAAGGGAAAGUGAGAUGCCAAUUCAUGAGUUGUUAAGGCUUUAUGGCUAUGGAAGUACCGUCCCUUUACCUGGGGAAGAUGAAGAAGAGGACGAUGAAGAUGUUGAUGGCAACAGUGGCUGCAGUGGGGAAAAUAAGGAUGAGGCUAUUAAAGAUUCAUCUGGACAAGAAGAUGAAACUCAGUCCUCUAAUGAUGACCCAGCGCUAGGAGCUUCUAGUAACAGUGUACAAGAAACAAUCCGGCCACGUCGGUGCAAGUAUUUUGAUUCAAAUAAUGAAAUUGAAGAUGAAUCUGAAGAUGAUGAAGAUUAUGUUCCCUCAGAAGAGUGGAAAAAGGAGAUUAUGGUGGGUUCUAUGUUUCAAGCUGAAAUCCCAGUGGGUAUUACUAAAUACAGAGAAACUGAAAAAGGGGCAAAAAAUCUAUGGGCUGUGCCCAGGCUGAAAUUAAGUGAUGUCUCAUUUGAUUGGCUGAACCGUCAUCCAUGGAAUCUCACAAGAAACGCACUGGUGCAGUACAUCCGGAUGAGGCCUACUAAAUUGUAUGAGAAUGAUGACCAGUUAUUGUGGAACCCAGAUUUUUUAGCAGAAGAAAGAGUAGUAGACUUUCUGAUGGAAGCAUCUAAAAGAACUGGGGAAGAGAAGGGUCUAGACGCUAUUCCUGAAGGAUUACAUAUAAAGGAUAAUGAGCAGGCUCUCUAUGAACUCGUGAAGUGUAAUUUUGAUACAGAAGAGGCUUUAAGAAGAUUAAGAUUUAAUGUGAAAGCAGCACGGGAAGAACUUUCUAUUUGGACCGAAGAAGAAUGUCGGAAUUUUGAACAAGGUCUUAAAGCAUACGGAAAGGAUUUUCAUUUAAUUCAGGCUAACAAGGUUAGAACUAGAUCGGUUGGGGAAUGUGUGGCAUUUUACUACAUGUGGAAGAAGUCUGAACGAUAUGACUUCUUUGCUCAACAAACCCGGUUUGGAAAGAAAAAAUACAACCUGCAUCCCGGUGUAACUGAUUAUAUGGAUCGUCUCUUGGAUGAAAGUGAAAGUGCUGCUUCCAGCAGAGCCCCAUCUCCUCCACCUACCACCACUAACAGCAGCACCAGCCAAUCCGAGAAGGACGACAGCACGGCCAGCAACGGGAAUCACAAUGGUAUAUCCACCAAUGAUCCAUCUGAAGUUGCCACAUACAAAGAGGAAAUCAGAAAUGAAACUGUACAUUUAAAUGGGCCUAGUAGCAAUGAAACAUCACCCAAUGAGUCAGACACCAAUGGGUACAAUUGUGAAAAUGCCCGAGAUUCCAAAUGUAACCAAUCAAACGCAAAGAAUGACAAAGAGCUGGGUGAAUACGACAGAUCUGUGAAGAGGCGACACAUUGAUAGUGGAAGAAAAAGUCCUGAGCCCUCUGAGUUUUCUCAGGAAGUAUUUUCACAAGGAGAGGUUUAAGGAUUUAGCAGCGAUGUUCGGAGACAAUUUUGAAACACAAUUCUGGGGAACUUGCACUUUUAGGAUAAUAUAGUUAUUUAACCGGCUCUAUAAGUAUAGUUGUAUUUUUCUAUAAGCCCCUACAGAGUUUGUGCUCCAGAGCAUAAAGAAAAAUGUUUUUUGUAAUGAGCAUUUUUAAAGGGACAGGUUGGAUUUCCUUCUAAAAUGUAAGGACCUUUUUUUUUAUUUUAUUUUUAGAAUGUAUCUAAUAUUUAACAUAAGAAUACAGCAAAUUUAUAAAAUUAGUGCUUUGCUGUCAAAUGGAAGUUUUUCUUUUUUUAAUCUACAUCUUGGGAAGAAGGUCCUUUUUAAAUGGUAUAUUUCUAAAUCUGGCCAGUCGUAAAAUUGCUUAGGAAACCUGAACAAGUGCUUUGGGGUUUUUUUGUUUGUUUUUUAGAUAGAAGAUAAAAGAACAAACCACAUCAGGUUUGUAUAUUAUUGACAUCAAUGAUGUCUUGCCUAUUUGUAUCUGGGUCAAAAAGAUACAUUUUGUAUUUUUCCAGAUUUCUUUGUAGCCUUUGAAAGAUUUUUUACCGUACCUAUGUUUUGAUUGAACUGUUCUUUCUUAAACAAAGCUUGUAUAAUUUUCUUAACUUGUACAGUUGAUAAACUUUUAUUAUGAGAAAUUGAUAUUCUGAAUGUUGUAUGUUCAGUCUUUCUUUUCAGAAGUACUUUUUUAUAUUCAUUUUCAUUGUUGUGUUUACUUAAAUGUUAAUUGAGAAUGGAAAAAAAUUUUAGAAGCUAGUGAAGAUAUAACAUUUUGUACAGGUUUAGCCUGUUGUGUGGUGGAUCCGCUUGAAUUGAAAAGGUGUAUGGUGAUGCUUGGUCAGGUAAUUCCUGCUCAUUUAAGGGACAUUAAACACUUUGAAAUGGUAAUAUAAAAUGAAUAAUCAUAUAAAUUUAAAAAACUCUGCACUUUCAUUAUUUAUUUUGUCCCCUUUUCCUGCAAUUCCAUUCUGAAAUUGUGAGCUUUUUAGUGUUUGUUAGAACUUUUGUAUUCCACACAGCCAUUGGCUGCACACUCUAGUGACCUAUUUAUAACUGUCUUUAAUUGGCCACAGCAGAGGAGGUAACCUAAGUUACAACAUGGCAGCUCCCAGUGUUUUAUAGACACAAACUUUACACUUAUUUUGUCAAUAUUUAAACAGCUAAUGAAACUUUAAAAAAAAAAAAAAAAUCAUCUGCAUGUUAUUUUCCGACUAAUCUUUUCUUUGAAUGCAUCAUUCUAUCUAGUAUUUAUUUAGUGUUUAAUGUUCCUUUAAGGCAACCUUUUCUGAAUCAUUGGUUAAAACACUUUUUUCUUCAUUAUUUUAGAUACAAUUUACAGGAUCAACUGUCAUUAAUGAUAAGACACCAGAUGCAUCCUCUUUCACAAACACAUUGAACAAAUAAUUUAAAAUGUUGUUUACUUGACUGCGGUAGAAUUAUGACAUUUUGAAAAAGGGAAUGGAUUUGGACAUUUUCAUUUUAAGCAGUAAAUGUAAAGUUGAAUGAAUGAGUGCUCGGUUUUUAAAAAUACUAUUUAAAACAGAGGCACUUUCAUUCAUUAAAGGGACAUUUCACCCGAAAUGUUUCUCCCAUUUAAAUUGUUCCCAAUGAUCCAUUUUACCUGCUGGAGUGUAUUAACCCCUUAAGGAUCGGGCAAUUCAGACAAAAACUUUAAAUUUUUUGCAUUUUUGCCAUCACUACAUUUUAACAGGAAUAGAGCCUUUUUUAUAUUUACCUAUCAAAACUAUAUAUUGUUUUUGGCAGACAACCCAAAGUAUUGAUCUAGGCCCAUUUUGGUAUAUUUCAUGCCACCAUUUCACCGCCAAAUGUGAUCAAAUAUAAAAAAAGCUAACCUUUUUCACAAUUUUAGGUUUCUCAUUGAAAUUAUUUACAAACAGCUUAUGCAAUUAUGGCACAAAUGGUUGUAAAUGCUUCUCUGGGAUCCCCUUUGUUCAGAAAUAGCAGACAUAUAUGCUUUGGCAUUGCUUUUUGGUAAUUAGAAGGCCGCUAAAUGCCGCUGCGCACCAUACUUGUAUUAUGCCCAGCAGUGAAGGGGUUAAUUAGGUAGCUUUUAGGGUUAAUUUUAGCCUUAGUGUAGAGAUCAGCCUCCCACCUGAAACAUCCCGCCCCCUGAUCCCUCCCUGACCCCCCUCAAACAGCUCUAUUUCCUCCCCAAUCUUACUAUUGUCACCGCCAUCUUAAGUACUGGCAGAAAGUCUGCCAGUAUGAAAAUAAAAGCCUUUUCUUUCUUAAGACACAGUGAGUCCAGAAAAUCAUCAAUUACUGUUGGGAAUAUCACUCCUGGCCAGCAGGAGGAGGCAAAGAGCACCACAGCAAAGAUGUUAAGUAUCACUUCCCUUCCCACAACCCCCAGUCAUUCUCUUUGCCUUCAGUGCAAGGAGGAGGUGACGUUAUAGGCGUCUGUAUAAGAUUCUUCUAUCAAGAUUUGUUUUUAUUUUGAUGAUCUUCCAACACAAGCUGGGUUUAGCUGUACUCCACGUUAGUCUCUUCAGUAGGGCUGUGGUAGCUUUCAAGCAGUUGGGAACUUGUGGGUUGGGCCUCACUGCGUUUUUCCUGACAGAUUGCUGCCCUCUCACUGAAUGCCAGAGUAGGUUUACUUUGUUCAUUUCUUCUCUCCUAGGUCUCUGUGAGGAGUGGCUUCCUCUCAUGCCAGGGAGCUGUACUCCUGCUGGACAGCUGGAUGUGCAGGUAAGUGCCUUUUGUCUUCUGGCGCUAGGAGGCUGGCACUGUAGGGGUUAGCUGGGAAGCUACCCAAAAAUGCUAAUUUUUAUAUGGGACUAGAAUCCUGGGUUCAGGAUCACUUUAUGGCAGUGGGCAGGCACACAUGUUACACUGCGACUGGGGUUAUAACUUUUAUUAAUAAUUAAGUUUAUCCCUUAUUUUUUACUUUGGGUUUAGCUAAGCAGGUUUUUGAAUAUGCACAAUUGUGCUUAUGGGAACUGUCUGUCACAAAUUUUAGCAGUGCACUGUGAGUUUGUGAAGUUUUCAUGUGAUUGGUGUUUGUGCUCAUACUUAUGAUACUGCACUGCUGAGGCUCGCAGUUUUGAGAUCAUGUCUCUUAUGUGAAGUGUGUUUGAGAAGAUUAACACUCCAGUUCCAUCAGUCUCCGCCAUUGCUCAUUGCGUGGCGGGAAGGACGCUGCUUCGUUGCAGUUUUUAGCUUGGAAGCGCGCGCUUGGGGUCAUUAUGGCUCAGUUUCAGUUGUGACACGAUUCUCCAUUUUAGUUUGAGCCAGCGGAGUGGCGCCUGUUUAUAUUAAUAGUUCACGAUCGGCAGAGAGCUCUGCUGUGUUACCGACAAUGGUGAUAUUGGUAGCCUAAGUGGAGUUAAUCUAUUAGUACUUUGAUAGAGCAGUGGAUUAUUACCAUGCCCUGUAUAUUAUUUAAUGAAAGAGAUGGCCAAAUUAGUAUUUUAUUAUUUUUUUUUUCAAUUCGGUUUUUAAUGCCCAGGUUCUGAGGCGUAUUUUGAGAAGCCGUUUCAUUGUCCUGUAUUAGUGUUUUUAAAGGGACAGACAGGUACACUCUUUAAAAAAAACACAUAUUCUUUCCCAGACAUGGAAAACAUUAAUUGUCAUGACAGUAAAUAACAGCUGUAAGAUGUUAAACAUUUUUUUAUAUUAAAAUAAAGGGAUUUUAUUUUGAUCUCCAGACAUGGUAAAUUCUGUGUUUGAUCAUGUAUGUUUUUAUAUUAUGUUUUAAGGCACAAAUUGAUCCUAUGCAAUUAUGUGCUGCUUGCUUAGCUAGGUUUUUUUUUGGUGUUUUUUUUUUCUUGGGUGAACUCAGGGUGAUACUGUUCAGGCAAUGCCACCGUUUUCUCCUUAUUUGUCCCCAGCCUCAAUGGCAUCACAUGCAGUGCCCUGCAGUUCCUCUCAAUCUCCUGGAGGAGUGUAUUUGCCUGCAGAAUUUUCUGUCCAGGUAUCCUCUGUGGCAUUAUUCACUUUUCCUAUACUAAGGGAAAUCGCAAGAGGAAGAUUAGAGAUUCAUAUAGUAAGAUUUCUGUACCCCCUGCUACUGCUCUGUUUGCCUUACUCAUAGUUUUGAUGAGGAGGAUAUGCCAGUAGUAUCUGAGGGUGAAAUCUCAGAUUCGGUCAGUAUAAUUCCUUUGUUUGAUGCCGAAGUAGUAACCUUCAGCUUUAGCUUGAACACCUUUGUGUACGGCAAGGAGGUUUUGGCUAUUUGUAGCGACUUCGAUACGCCUGUCGUCGUCCAUCCUAAAGAAUCUAGUAAAAUUUAUAAGACUAGGAUUUCUUUGUGGAAGGAGUCUGGUCUGGUGAGGGAUUCGUCAGAAACUAGGUAAAAUUCUUAGACUCAGUUUAAUUCUUUCAUCUGCUACCGAAGUAGUCCACUUCAGAUGUAUGUUUGCACACCUCGUGUACGUUAAAGGAGGUUUUAGUUCUUGGACGACAUCAAUCCCCUCUCAUUGUCAACCCUUGGAAGUUUUGUAAACUUUCUUUUCUCUGAUGUUUACUAUAGCUCAGAGAACUUCGAUCCCUAGGGAGGGUAGUUGCUCCUCCCGGAUCCAUGGAUAAGAAGCUGGAGGGUUAACUGUUCCAUUAGAACAAUGCCUUGUCUUACUAGACUUGCUGUACUGGCCCACUGGGCAUUGUGGCUGAGACCUGGUUAGUCAAAAAGCCUACCUGGGUCUUAAUGGUGCAGCUUAGGCUUUAUAGUCCUGCAGUUGCAGGUUUAAUAUUGUAUGUUCCUCCUAAUCAACGCUGAUGGUUUUUCUUUUCAAGGAUGGGAACUUGUUUGAACUUGGCCUGGCAGAAUUUAAGGGUGGAAAAAGAUUUUUCUACCACACGUCAAGAGAUUAAGACUAAAUGGAAGGUUUUUCAUUUUCCUCUUUCUGCAGGGUCAGUCUUGUCUUUUAAAGUCCAAUUUAAGAUUUCCUCCCAGGGACAGAUUUUUCCGUCUAGAGUAUCUGUAAUCCAGAUUGGUCGAGUGACAUUCCUUGAACUGGGUUCAGGACCUUCCUCUCUGGGAGUGAUAGUUCCAGCCCCAGUCUGCGAACGGAUUCUAGGUAUUUAUCUUUCUCAGGUUCUGACCUUCAAAUAGUAUCCAUUCUCCUUUGGUUCAAGAGGACUUGUUCAUAAUGGACAUAGACCUGAAGGAUGAGUUUUUAUUGCUCCUAUUAUUUGGGAUCUUCUCAAGUUUCUGAGCCUUGUUAUCCUAGAAAGACUUUUUGGUCUUGGAGUAUUGCAGGGUGCUCUUCUGGUCAAUUUAUGAUUCAGGUGUCAUCCUUCUUCGAGCAAACUCUUUCAGGAGAUCUUGCCCAAUUUCUUUCCCAUGGAUGGGAAAUGAAUCUGGAGAAGAGUUCCCUUGUUUUUAUCUACAAGGGUGAUUUAUUGGAAACUUUAAUAGUUUCUCUAUCUUGGAAAAGAUUCUAUCAGAGGUCAGAUUUCAAGAUCUAUUUCUUUUCCUUUCUCUGAAGUUUACUGUCCGGCUAACAGCGAGCUCUUGUGGUCUGGUAAAUAACUUAACCAUUUUUCAAGCGCAAGGUUGGUAGUUCGGAUCUAGCUGCAGUUGAUUUUAUCUUCACUUUUCAGUGACUCAACAUAUGGAGGGAAUUGUUCCGAUGUUAUCAUGGAUAUUAAUUCCUUUGUAAUUUUCCAUAGAACGGACAACAUUCGGAUCUGUCUCAGAGAUAGAUCUAGAUCAGUCGACAAGAGAUUCUCUCCCGUAGUAGUUUAUCAGGAGUAUCUGUCUCAGGGUGCAUGCUUCUAGAGACAUUCCUGGUUGAGGGGACCAUGGUCUUGUUUUAAGGCGUAGGGUUUAUGGAUCGGAAGUGUCUCCUCUCCUUUUUAACAUCUUGGAGUUGAGAGCGAAUUACAAUGCUUUGAUGGCUAGGCCUUAGUUGUUCUUAGCUUGGUUCCAGUCGAACAAUACCACCUAAAUGGUUUACAUCAACCUCCAGGGAGGAACUCGGAGUACCUUAACCUUGUUCUUAGGAUUGUUCUGUGGGUUUUCAAUUGUCUGUCUGCCAUUUGCAUUCCAGGAGUGUACAUGGGAAGUGUUUUUUCUGAGCAGGCAGACUUUCCAUCCUGGGGAGUGGGAACUCCAUCCGAAGGUGUUCUCUAGGUUAACAACCAAAUGGGGUUUACUGGUAUUGGAUCUGAUGGCGUCUCGUCAGAACUUGAAGCUCCCUAAGUAAGGGUUGAGGUUGAGGGAUCCUCAAGCCCUUCUGAUAGAUGAUAUGGCAGUUCCAAGGAACUUCAGAUUGGCUUAUCUCUCUUCCCCGUUUGCUCUCCUCCCACAAGUCAUCGCUCGGAUCAAGCAGGAGAGAGCGUCAGUGAUUCUAUUAGCUCCUGCGUGGCUUCGCAGGAUCUGGUUUGCAGAUCUUGUAGAUGUCGUCUCUACCUCUGUGGAGACUACCGCUCAGGAAGGACCUUCUGCUUCAGGGGCCCUUCCUUGAUUCAAAUCUCGUUUCUCUGAAACUGACUGUUUAGGUACUGAAUGCUUAAUUUUAGCUUAGCAUGUUUUUUUCUGAAUCGGUCAUAGAGACCUUGGUUCAGACCCGUAAGCCUGUCCCUAGAACGAUUUACCAUAAGAUAUGGCGUAUAUAUCUUAUUGGUGUGAGUCUAAAGGAUAAUCUUGGAGUAAGGUCAGAAUCCCAAGGAUCUUAUCUUUCUCCAGGAAGGCCUAGAGAAGGGGUUAUCUGUCGGGGGGGUCAGAUUUCUGCUCUAUCCUUUCUGCUGCAUAAGCAUCUGACGGACAUGCCGGAUGUACAAUCCUUUUGUCAGGCCCUGGUUAGAAUCAGGCCUGUGUUUAAGUCAGUUGCUCCUCCUUGGAGCCUUAACCUUGUUCUUAAAGGUUUACAACAGGCUCAGUUUGAACCUAUGCAUUUCAUAGAUAUUAAGUUAUUAUCUUGAAAGGUUUCAUUUCAUACUGCUAUUUCUUCUGCCCGGAGGGUUUCUGAACUCUUAGCUUUGCAGUGUGAUUCUCCUUAUCUCAUAUUUUAUGCAGAUAAGGCAGUUUUCCGUACUAAGUUUGGUGUUCUUCCUAAGGUUGGUUCAGACAGAAAUAUUAAUCAGGAUAUUGUUGUUCCUUCUCUCUGUCCUAAUCUUUCUUCUCAUAAAGAGCGGUUGCUGCACAACUUAGGCUCUUAAAUACUAUCUGCAGGCUAUGAAGGACUUUCGUCAGUCUUCUGCAUUGUUAGUUUGCUUUUCUGGAAAACAUAAAGGCCAGAAAGCUACUGCCGCUUCUUUCUUUCUGGUUGAGAAGUGUUAUUCGUAUGGCUUAUGAGACUGCUGGACAGCAGCCUCCUGAGAGAAUUACAGCCCAUUCCACUUGGGUGGUUUCUUCUUGGGCCUUCAAGAAUGAGGCCUCUGUAGAACAGAUUUGUAAGGCUGCGACGUGGUCUUCUGUGCACACUUUUUCUAAAUUCUAUAAAUGUGAUGCUUUUGCCUCAGCUGAGGCUUCUUUUGGGAGAAGGGUUCUGCAAGCAGUGAUGCCUUCUGUUUAGGUUACCUGUCUUGUCCCUCCCUUAUCUGUGUCCUCUAGCUUGGGUAUUGAUUCCCAACAGUAAUUGAUGAUUCCGUGGUCUCACUGUGUCUUAAGAAAGAAAACAAAAUUGAUGCUUACCUGAUACAUCUAUUUAUUUCUUGACACAGUGAGUAUAUGGCCCUCCCUGUUGUCUCAGACAGUUUUUUAUAUAAACCUCUGCACCUUGUGUUAUAUCCUUUCUCUCCUUUCCUUCAGUUGAAUGGUACAGGGUACGGCGCUGGUGGUUAAGGGGUUAAAUUGUUUACAAGUAGCUCCUUUACCCCUAUUUUGGCCUUUGAAAUAGCUGAUUUAGCUUGUGGUUUCCCAACCUAUACUAAAAGUUUUGAUACUGGAAUCUCAGCUAUUGAAUAACCUAAGUAAAUACAGCCAGCAGAAUAAAUUGCACUCACAGUGGGGUGCAGGAUAGUUAAGUAAUAAAAUGAUAAUUUUCCAUUGUUCUCUCUAUGUAUUGAGCUUUAGUUUUCUAGACAAAUAUAAGAUAAGGAAGCAAGUGUGUGUACACAAAGUGAUAACAUAAUGAGAUAUGAUAUUACCUGAAGUUUAACCCAUUGUAAUGGGCUGUGGUUUAAAAGCACAAAAUCAGCUGCUUCAUAUACACAAAAAGCCCUGAAAAUACAAUUUCUCAUACUUUGUAUACUCUGCAGCUGGUAUAGCAAGUCAUUGAAAAUAAACUAUUUUACAGUGUACUGUCCCUUUAAUCUUUACAUUGCAGCAUUUUUUUUAAAAUACCCAGACCAGCAAUCCUCCGCCCGCAGCUCCUCAGCAAUGACAAAACCCAGUGUACUGUCCCUUUAAUCUUUACAUUGCAGCAUUUUUUUUUAAAUACCCAGACCAGCAAUCCUCCGCCCGCAGCUCCUCAGCAAUGACAAAACCCAGUGUACUGUCCCUUUAAUCUUUACAUUGCAGCAUUUUUUUUAAAAUACCCAGACCAGCAAUCCGCCCGCAGCUCCUCAGCAAUGACAAAACCCAGUGUACUGUCCCUUUAAUCUUUACAUUGCAGCAUUUUUUUUUUAAAUACCCAGACCAGCAAUCCUCCACCCGCAGCGUCUUAGCAAAGACAAAACCCAGUGUACUGUCCCUUUAAUCUUUACAUUGCAGCAUUUUUUUUAAAAUACCCAGACCAGCAAUCCUCCGCCCGCAGCUCCUCAGCAAUGACAAAACCCAGUGUACUGUCCCUUUAAUCUUUACAUUGCAGCAUUUUUUUAAAAUACCCAGACCAGCAAUCCUCCGCCCGCAGCUCCUCAGCAAUGACAAAACCCAUUAAUGAAUGAAAGUGCCCCUGUUUUUAAUCAUUCAUUCAGCUUUACAUUCACUUUAAUGCAGAGCAGAUACAGUAAAUAACCUAACUCUUUCCUGGAAGUGUCAAGGCUUUUUUAAACUUUAACUAUACCAACAGCUCUAUUGCUCUCUUACUACAGUAAAGUAUUGUAACCCAACCUAACUACAAUAGACAGAAAGAUAAUGUGUGUUACUGAGUCCAGAAUCAGGAAGUUUAAAAACAACAAAAAAUGUUCUGCUAAUAAUAAAAAUAAAUUUGCCUGGUUGUUUUUUCCAGUAAAGAUAUGACUAUCAGCCAAUGGGCUGCUGCACUGUUCUUUAAAUGCUUUAAUGCUGGGGUUUGUUUUCCUUUUGCAGAAUGGCUAUUACAUUUUUCAUGGGCUAGUUAGUCAAGAAUAUUAGCCUUUUUUAAAUAACUAAAUAAAAACUUUCAUGUCUCUUAUUCAUUCUUAAAUACUCCAGCCCAAUGUCAGGCAGAUCAGCAGCCAGGAAAUAACCCAGAAGGGCUCACAUCUCGCCACAAUCAAUGUAACAUAUUUUGUCAUGGAAGAAUCGUGCUGUGUUGCUACCAUGUCUUUUGCGCUUUUUGUUCUCAUGUAUUAUGCACCCACUGUAACAUUAGAAAAAUCUAACUCAACAUCACUCUACAAACGUUUUUUUCUUUUUCCAUUCAAAAUAGAUUAUUAUAAAAAGUGUAUGUCCAAACACGUUAGCUUGUAACCAGUACUGGAAAUAUAUGCAAUAUCUGUGGUUUUGUUAGGUCUGUGAAUUUCCUGUGAGGCUGUUUACAUUUUAUUUAAUUCCCUAUGUUAAGUGUGCAGUAGCUUUACAGAACUUUUGGGGGUGUCCUUUAAUAUUCACUACAACACAUUCAUUGGCCAGUGUUACCAUGCACUGUUGCCUACUUGGCACAAUCAUGGCUUAUUUAAGAACCCCUUAUGCAUCUGAAUUUGUUUUGUGGAAAAAAUGCAUAGGACUAAAGUAAUUUAUUUCAUUGUCUUAUAAAAAGAGUAGAUAUGUGUGACUUUUUGUGACACUCUUCACUACAUGCUUAUUGAUUUAAAUUACAACAGAGCAUAUAUCUAGAAAAGAACUAAAAAUAAUUUAUACAGCAUUUUUAUGCCUGAAGAACUUCCAGCUCUGCUUAGUGCAUUAUAUUUGUGAUGUUGCUAACAAAAGCCAAUGUGGCAGCCUUAAAGGGACAGUAUACAUCAAUUUUUGUUUAACUGCAUGUAAUAGACACUACAAUAAAGAAGAAUGAAUAUGCAGAGAUACUGAUAUAAAAAUCUAGUAUAAAAAGGUACUUAGAAGCUCCAAGUUUAGCUCUGUUAAAAAGAUUAGCUAGAACACCCACUGCAAGUGCUUCAAUAGCAAAAAAAAGCAGAACCCCCUCCCCUUCCUCUGCAUAUGAAAAGACUCUUUACACAAACAGGAGAAAGCUGGAGUAGGUAUACAUCAGUAUUCUACUAAAACUUUGGGGCUUGGUUAGGAGUCUGAAAAUCAGCGCAAUGUUAUUUAAAAAUAAGCAAAACUAUACUUCAUAAAUGGAAAGAGUCCACAGCUGCAUUCAUUACUUUUGGGAAUUCAGAACCUGGCCACCAGGAGGAGGCAAAGAUACCCCAGCCAAAGGCUUAAAUACCUCCCCCACUUCCCUCAUCCCCCAGUCAUUCUUUGCCUUUCGUCCCAGGAGGUUGGCAGAGAAGUGUCAGAAAUUUUAGAUAGUCUCUUAGAAAGGGUACUACUCUUCGGCAUGGGACUGGAGUUUUAAUUAGUCCUGUCAGCCUCUCAGUGAGAGCCUGGGUGAAAGUUAGAGUCCGGAGAUGCAGGGAGAGUCUUUCUGCGAAACCAUCCCGACUCAUAUUAACAGCUCCACAAGCAAUCGGCGUUGACAAGUUUUGCUGCCUGCUUUUUUCUCUCAAGUCCAUGUCAGGAGCAAGGCUACUAUCUGUCACACUUGAAGGGUCGUGUUCCUGUUCCACGUUGUAGAUUCCGGUAAGAUCGGUUCAUGUUACUUUCAUCAUGGAUGUAUUGUAAUUACAACUGUUUAUCCGAGAGGGGCUACAACCUUUAACAUAUUCUCAGUGAGGCUCCUUUUUGUAUCUAGGAAUCAAGGGUUAAGGUCUCCUAAUGGGGGGGUUAUUGAACAGGGGGGUUUAUAAUAAUGUUUAUGUGAUUUUGUCAUCUUCUGUGUAGUGUUGCUUCAUCUCAUGGCUAUUUUGGAACAUAACGGCCUAUGUCUAGUGACGCAGCCUUUACGGUCGGGCGCGCUUUUGCAUGGACUGCAUGGUUUUCCUUGUGACCCCAUUUCUGCUUUCCUGACCGUGUGGCGACAGAGAAAUCCUUGUCCGCUGGUGUCUGGUUCUCUGGAGGUGGUGAGUGCCCCAGCCAUUGGGGGUGUAUGGUGCCGUUUAGAUUUUUCUUAUUGGUCCAAUUUUUAUUCAGUGUCCCAGUUAUGGAGAAUUCUGAUUUUUUGGAGACAGAUGUCUCUGAUUUAGACUCUACUUCUUGCGAAGAAUAUGAAUUGGCCCAGUUGAUACAUGCCCAUCAAUUAUCUUCCGAAUGCCAUUUUAGAGUGCUUUUUCUCGGGAUCGGGGAAUCAGGUGCCCACUUAGCCAUCCGUCUCUGGGGAUUCUAUUUCUCACGAGACGAGUUCCCUACCACCAACUCUUACUACGCAUGCAGGUAACCCAAACGCUACUUAUCCUAUGUAGUGUGGCCUGUUCCCACCAGAGGUUAUGACACGGUUCUGCAUUGCCAUAUCUUUGGCCCUGGCGCAUCUGAACCUCCCGGGAAUUUGCUUACGAUAUUGUUCGUGUUUUGUUAACCGGGGCUAGUCAGGCGUGGGUUCGACUGUUCCAGUUCAGCCCUCCGGGGGAGCGACUGCCCCUGAGGCCUCAGGAGUCAACGUUCGGGCCGGUGUUUUCUUUUGUCAAGGCAGAGGUAUGUUGCGCCUUUCGUUAUAGACUGGCAACAUGCUCAGUCUUUCCGAUUUUUCUGGGAACUAGAGUGUUACUUCCCGUUGUGGGUUGGAGGCUUUGAGAAUUUAGGUCCUUCAUUUCGCCGUUCUUACGGUUUUGCCUUUCAUGGUCUCUUUGGAAGUGUCCUUUUAGAGGUUCUCUUCCUUUGGGUCGAGACUUCCUGGACUUCGUCUGGUUUUAUUCUCUGCCGAUUUUGGCUGUUUAAUUAGGAAGUGAAGGCCUUGAUGCUCUGUCUUCGGGAGUUAGUCGUCUCCAUAUCCGGGGCGAUAGGAGGUGUUGUCUCUUUUUCCAAGAUUUUUGCGUAGGGGAUGUUUUUCUGCCUGAGUUCGGCAUGCUUUGCAUUCUUCUCCCUUGGGUGUGAUCCUCUGGAACAUUAAUCUGAAAGGAUUAUGGAGACUAACCUUUCUUUCUACUCUCUUUCGGGUGACACUGUUCUCGUUCUCAUUUCCCUUAGUGUUGCCCUUGGGGCCUUUGGGCUCUAGAGAAAUUGCGUGACUUUGUCGCGGCCUAGCACCUUGUUGGGGGAUGUUGACCUCCGGCUAAGGGUGUUCUCUUCCCUUUGUGCUGGGAAUUACGAGUUAGUCCUGUACCCGUUCUCCGGGUUUCCCGGUUUUCAUCCCCUGUUAGUCUGAUUGCUUCAGACAGGUAUCUUGUGUUCCCUGGGGGUGUCGUUCAUUCUAGGACUAUUCUGGGUCCCGAGUCCAGGGUUCUUGUCUUGGAUCCUUCUUGGAUGUCUGGAAACAUGAUCCUGUGGACUGGUUCGGGACGACCCAGUUUUUUCAGGGACCCUAUGUUGCGACAUAGGGACUAGCUCAUUGGGCUUGCAAGCAGGAAGGCCAGAGUUUACAUCCACCUUCGGGUACUGGUUAUAAACUUUAAGGCCUGACUUGUACUUCGGACAGAGUGUGCUCCUCUUCAUGGGGAGUUUAUUUUCUGUUGGGUCAACAGUGGUGUCUGGAUGAUUUUUUCAUUCGGUCCGUGUUUUGAUCAUACUAUGGCUUCAUGUCUUGUGGACAUGUACGCUGUUCUUAUCUGUGCCCUUUCCUUUUGAGGGGAUAGUUUGUCUUCAUUAUGAGCUGGGGUUUCCUCUCUCUGGAGGGUCUUUGUCCUGCCCUGUGUGUAGGAGGUUGGAUCAGAUGGCUUAUUUCUGUAAGGGGCAGCAUCUACUGCUCUGUGGGCUCUGUUCCACCUGUUGGAAUUUGAUCUCUCUAUGUAGAAACUGUCUAAGAAAGCUGUGACAGGUCUUCCUACAGAUCUAUUGCACUUUUAUCUGUUCCAGGUCCCAGGGUGUUCUCCUUGGGAGUGCCUUAUUUUGAAGGAGCGGAUUGGGUUGGCACCCAAGCUCUGUUGGGGUGGGUGAGUCCCCCCUUUUUCUUUCCAUUCCUGGGGGGGCUUAUGUUUGGGGUCUUUCUGUCCCUUCUGUCUAUCAGACAUGUCUUUCGCUUGGGCUGGUCUGGUGUUGGAGCAUGAUCUGAGAUCUGUUGCUCUGCUAAAUUUAUCCUCGGAGCAUUCGAGGUACGGUAAGCCUCUUGAGGUUUCUUUUUCCAUGUUCAAGGUUUGUGGGAAGGACUGGAAGCUCUUAGCCUGCGACGUUAUCCGCUGGUUGGCAGAUACUUAGCAAUCUGAGGGAUCAUAUCUUCAGCUGCUUUCUGCUUGCCCUGCAAGUAUUUAAGUUUCUUAGUCAUUUUUACAUGAUUACAGCGUGCAGUGUUUUUGCUUCAGGUGGUGUUCGUCAGACCUGUCUGAGCUUGCUGCACAAGGUUUUGUUUCUGAGUAUUUCUAUAUUUUGAGCUACCUUUUUGCGACUUGGGGACCUUCGUCUUCAGUUGCUUUUUAGAGUGCGGUUGCACUGUGUUAGGGGAAGAUCCUCUUUGUAUCAGACUCCCGGCCUUAUCCCGUGGUUUCUGUAUUUCUGGAGUCUGGGCGUUGCCUCCCCUUGUUUCUAUGAGACCAGUGGGUCUCUGUUGGUCUGGAGUUCCUUAUGCUAGCUGGACAGCUAGCCCUGCAUACUAAUGCACUGUGGCUACUCUGCGCUGUAGCAAACCGAGGGUUGCAAGUUCAAUCCCAGGCGAGGUCUACUCAGUCUUCCUCCUUUCGAGGUUGAUAAGAUGAGCAGCGCCUUGAGUCCCUUAACGGGGAUUUGCCACGAUUUAUGAGAACAUUCAUGUUUUCUCCGUGUCUUUUCUUCUUUGUGGAAGAAUACAGUAGCUUGUGCCCUUUCUUUUAGUAAGGGGUGUGUUGUUUGGAGACCGACUGCUGGGUGACGGUGUCUCCUGGAGGCUGUUGACUCAGUCGAGUCUAGUUCCAGCGGUCUCUUGCAAGGCUUGUGGACUAUCUGCGGUCAGGGUCCUUGGGCCUUUUCUUUUUCAAAGUUGUUCUUGGCUUCGGAUGAAGCAGGAUGUUGUUGGGUAGGGGUUUUCAGACCUGGUGCCUUCAGAAUGGGCCGCCUAUUCCACCCUCCCAGUUUUGCAUUCAGUGUCGCAUAUAGCUUGGGUAUUGUUUUCCCAAAAGUAAUGAAUGCAGCUGUGGACUCUUUCCAUUUAUGAAGAAAAACUUAAAUUAUGCUUACCUGAUAAUUUUAUUUUCUUGAGAUGGAAAGAGUCCACAGCUCCCCGCCGUAUUUUUCUGUGGUGCAUCUGUUAUUUUUGUUGUUCUGGCACCCUGGUAUUUCUCCUACUGUUCCUUGUUCCUCGGCAGAAUUACUGGAGGAUGAGGGGAGUGGGAGAAUUAUUUAAGCCUUUGGCUGGGUUGUCUUUGCCUCCUCCUGGUGGCCAGGUACUUUCCCAAAAGUAAUGAAGGCAGUUGUGGACUCUUUCCAUCUGAAAAAAAGAAAAUUAUCAGGUAAGCAUAAUUUAAGGGGUUUUAAAAAAUAAAAAAAAACUGUAUAGGCGAUAUAAAUUAAUUGUGUACAAAACGUAUGCAAAGAACAAUCUAGUGUAUAAUGUCCUUUUAACUUAAAUACCUAAAAAAAAAAGUCAUUUGGUGGCAUAUGCUUAGUUCUGUUUGGUAAAGUUUUGUUUUUUUUUACACAUUUUAUCCAUACGUAUAAUUUGUAUUUGUAAUGUUAACUUUUUUUAUUCCAUUCACCCAUGCACUGUGGUCCAUCUUGAAUUUCAGCCAGCUAGUUUGUUUGUUGCUAUUUGUUGUUUAUUGCUCUGUCUUAUGUCAUUAUGUAACUUCUGUUUACAGCGAGUAUUUUUUCCUGUUGGUUGAAAGCGCAGCCAUUUGACUUGUGAAAGUGAAUUUGUUAAACUUCGUUAUAGACCCACAAUAUUUGUUUUAAUAGUUCAGCUUUUAGCCUCACUACCAAGCUUUAAAUGAAUGUAAUUUGUCAAUGAAUUGUUGCUGUUUUAAUUGGACAAACUUCUUACGUGUUUUGUUCAUUUUGCACUGUUGGUAUUUUGCCUCUACUUUUUCUUAGUCUUGUUGGCAAACCUAUAAAAAAACAUAUUAAAAUAUUUUUUUGGGAAUAA